AGGAUCAUCCAGACAGCCCCCAGCCCUGCACACACACCCCAGCAGUCCCUCCCUGUUCUCAGAGCGCUGUCUAAAUGCUCCUGGAGCUCACGCUAUUCAGAACGGCUCACAUUUAGGCACUUGGAUGGUUUCUGCUUCUGUGCUCAUUCCUCUGCUUUAUUCCUGAAUGUAUUUUACUCAUUUGUUACUGGAAUUUCCUUCAUAAACUCUCGGCUGAGGAGCAUCCCUGGAUACCUCAGAGCCAGAUCCAGCACAUCCCUGCCUGUGUUUGUUUGGUGUAAGAGUUACAGAAUUAAACCUGUGUUACCCUGCAGGAUCCAUGGAUAAUAUGUUACUGUAGAAGGGGUCUUGCUGAAACACAGAAAAAUGGUUGAGCCUUAAUUCCCAAGUGUUAAAUCUUUUCUUUCCUCUUUUUAGGAGGAUAAAUUAAGAAAUGGCAGAAGCAGUUUUCCACCCCCCAAGAAGGAAAAGGAGAGUUUUUGAGUCGUACAAGGCUCCCUUUCCUGUGGACGUAGGGGGGAAGGAUUUCAGACUAUGCCAGGCUGAGAUCAUUAACAACAAUGUGAUUGUGAGGAACCCCGAGGAUAUUGAACAGCUCUACAACAAGGGCUACUUUGGAAAAGGGAUCCUUUCCAGGAGCCGCCCAGUGUUCAGCAUUUCAGAUCCUCUGCUGAUGGCCAAGUGGAGAGGUGUUAACACAAACAUGCCCAUAAUUACAUCUCAAAAGUACCAGCGCCGUGUGCAGUGGGCUAAAAGUGUCCUGCAGGAGCAGGGCCUUGACGACAGCUCCGUCACCAAAAUCCUGGAGAAUUACACCAAGCCCUUCUCCAGAGGGGAUGGGCCUGAACCAGCUUGGGACAGCUGCACCAGAGGGGGCCCAAACCCAGGAAAUGCAGAACUGGGCAGGAAACCUGCUGGAGCCCGAAGUCCUGAGGGUCAGAAUGGAGGCUCCGAGGAGAGAGGAGAUGCAGCUGUGGAUCCUGGGAGUGGCUCCAGGGACCAGGAACUGGGGGAUUCCAGGGAAAUGGCUGGAGAGUCCUGCCACAGGGACCCUUCUGUGCUCCGUGGCUGCGAGGUGAAGCAGAGCCCUGAACAGAGGGCUUGGGAGGGGAUGGACUCAAGGGAAUGUGCUCCAGAAUAUGUGCUGGUGCAAGAGGAGGAAGAAGGAAGCUCCUGUCCUGAAGAUGACUCCACUCACGCACAAGAGAACCUUGUCAAGAAGGAAGUAUUAGUAUGCAGAAAAAACCCAUUUAGGAUUUUUGAGUACUUACAACUCAGCUUGGAAGAGGCUUUUUUCUUGGUGUAUGCUCUGGGAUGUUUAAGUAUUUAUUAUGGUGAGGAGCCCCUGAGCAUCAUGAAGCUGUGGGAAGUGUUCAGUGAGGUGAAGCCUGAUUUCAAAACCACCUACAUGGCCUACCACUAUUUCAGGGGCAAGGGCUGGGUGCCCAAGGUGGGGCUGAAGUACGGCACGGAUCUCUUGCUGUAUCGAAAAGGGCCCCCCUUCUACCAUGCCAGUUACUCUGUCAUUGCUGAGCUGGUGGAUGAUAAUUUUGAAGGUUCCCUUCGCAGACCCCUCAGCUGGAUGUCCCUGUCUGGGCUGAACAGAACAACUGCAAACGCUUCCAAGGAGCUCAUGCUGUGCUAUUUGAUCAGGCCUUCUGACAUGACUGCAGAGGAGAUGGCAACCCCAGAGUGCAUGAAGAGAAUCAAGGUCCAGGAGCUGAUUGUGACUCGUUGGGUUUCCUCCCGUGAGCGCAGUGAGCAGGAAGAAUUGUAACUGCCUGCACAAGAAAAUCUCACUUUUUAAAAGCCACUUCUUGUUGUUUUUUACCUGAUCUCGUGAUGAACUGUUCCCUCGGAACAUUUUCUGCCAACAUGUUCACUUGGCGUGUAUAAAUGCUGUAUAAAAUGAGGUGUAACAUGUUUACUGGAGAGAAUGUUUUACUGUAAAAUGUAAGUGAACUGAUGAAA